AUGCACCCGGCCGUCUCCAUACUUGCCGAUAAUGUCGUCAAAUACCACCACCUGCUCGCCCCGCUGCUCUACAGCGUCCUCGCGGCUGUCGCAAACGUGCACACACCGGUCCAGCAUUCGCUUCUCAUAACGACGAUAUCAUGGCUGAUAGUGUGGGUGCCGACUGUCUUCUGGGUGGGCAUAUAUUCGAAUAGCGACAGCGCCAAGAGGAAGACGAGCUGGCUGGCUGGCGCGCUGCUGGGCCUGUCUGUAAUAUGCGACCGCGCAGCAUGCGAUAAGCAGGGCAUCUGGGCGACCAAGGCCCUUGUUCCAUUCUUCACCGUCCUGUUCUCCGAGAACCAAUUGGUCGCAAAACACCUCGCCCUACCCACCUGGACCGUUCUCGAUGGCCCUGCAGCCGAAACCAAGACCUCCCCGGAGCGACAGCCUCACACCGAAUCAUACGGCAUACUAGCAGUUCUCGUUGUCUCUGCGAGCGCUGUUCUGGGCGUCUACGCAGUUCCUACCACGGUCGCGCUCGGUCUCAGCAGUGCCAUCUUCGCGGCUACUGGCCUCGUCCUGUUUGAGUCCACCAUACAAGCCGCGACAGAAGAGGGCGAGGGCGGCAAGCGAGGGAUUGGGUCUGCGUACGGGAGUACGUUGCGGCGCGCCUCAGUGAGUGGUGCCUCGAGGCCGCAACGACUGGCUGCGCUCAGAGACGUCGCAGUGGCCGUUGCAGUUGUAUGCGGGAUUGCGUCUAUCCUUACCGAGUCGUCCUUGACCGCAAGCACGAUAUCCUGGGAACCUGUAUACAGAGAGUAUGACCGGGAGUGGAGAGAUGUGCACAAUUUCCGCAUCCUGCAGCGCUUCUUGUGGAUGUUGCCGGUUCACACCACUGUAAAUGUUCUUGUUUUCGUUCUGGUACGUACUUUCUUCCAGAAUACUGUUGAACUACCUAAUUACGCUGUCUUGCUACCAAACGCGGGUCUGGCGUCCUGCCGCGUCGUACCCGUCGCCAUGGCUUUCACCCCAACUUUUGCUUUCAGGUUCUAA